AUGGAGAGCCGAAAGGACAUGGUUAUGUUUCUGGAUGGGGGUCAGCUUGGCACUCUGGUUGGUAAGAGGGUCUCUAAUUUGUCCGAAGCCGUGAGCAGCCCGCUGCCUGAACCGCCAGAGAAGAUGGUGCCCCACGGUUGCCUGAGCCCGCGAGCCGGCCCUCCGACUGCCCGGGAGCGUGGUGGGGGAGGCCCGGAGGAGGAGCCGGUCGAUGGACUAGCAGGCAGUGGUGCAGGGCUGGGCGCCGAGCCACGGUCUGCUGGAGCGGCCGUGCUUGGCCCGGGACCCCCAGUUCCCUCUGCGGACAGCCUCUCUGGCCAAGGGCAACCCAGUAGCUCAGACACCGAAUCGGAUUUCUAUGAAGAAAUCGAGGUGAGCUGCACCCCGGACUGCGCCACCGGGAACGCCGAGUACCAGCACAGCAAAGGGUCGGGCUCCGAUGCACUGGGGAGCAGUCCUAACAGUGGCAGCGAGGUCCCCAAGGGCAACGGUGGCAGCGGCAGCAGCGGCUCACAAGGCACCCUGGCCUGCAGCGCCAGUGACCAGAUGCGCCGGUACCGCACUGCCUUCACCCGGGAGCAGAUCGCACGGCUGGAGAAAGAGUUCUACAGGGAGAACUAUGUAUCAAGGCCGAGAAGAUGCGAGUUAGCAGCAGCUCUAAACCUUCCUGAAACUACCAUCAAGGUACGCUGGGCGAGGACGCUCGAGGUGGGCAUACACCCGCGUUAG